UCGUACUGUGAAAUCAGGAUUAGUUUUCUGGGAGCAGAGGCGUGUUUGUUAGCAGGGUCUGCGAGGAAUGCAUACCACACCAAGUACCGAGGGUACUUUGUGAGGCACGAUUUGUCUUGUGCUACCCUGCGCAAAGGUGUGUUUGCAGCUGGAGCUGCCUUGACCUUGCUGUCCAUGUUGGCCUCCAUCUUGUACUAUUGGGCACACUCCAGGGCUGAUACUGGUUUCUGGGAGAAGCACCGCAAUGAAGGGCUUGGAUUGGCAACACAACACCACCACCACCAAGGGGCUGAUUCUGAUAAGGCCUGAUCAUGAUUUCUUGCUUUGAACGAUGUUUACUCAAUUUUGGUGGUCCUGUUUUAGGUUUUGGAUAAGGGAUAUUGGGGAUAAGGGAAGGAAGAACAGUGUUUGCAAAACCUUGUUCUUGUAUUAAUGGGUGAAUAUAUAGUAUUUAUGCUGUAAUGGAAGAAUGCUUGAAAUAUAAAGAUAGAUGGCAGCACAAUGAUGGUGGUUUAAUA